AGGAGCGCGCGCGCCAUGGUGGAGGCCUGGUAUCUGCAAGAGCAGGAGGGGGAGAAGGGGGGGAAGGGGGAGAAGGGGGAGAAGGGGGAGGGGAGGAGGAAGGCGCCGCCCGUGAGCCUCGACGCCCUGCGCCGCCUCGGAGUCUGCUGCUGCAAGCUGGAGGCCGACAACUACGAGGACGACCCAGAGCUGGAAGAGAUUCGCAGGGAGAAGAACUACGGCUGGAUGGACAUCGUCACCCUAUCCAGAGAAAAACUGCCCAAUUACGAAGACAAGAUCAGGACGUUUUACGAAGAACACCUGCACCUGGACGACGAAAUCCGCUACGUCCUGGACGGCAGCGGCUACUUCGACGUGCGGGACCGGGAAGACCGCUGGAUCCGGAUCGCCGUGGAGAAGGGCGACAUGAUCACGCUGCCCGCCGGGAUCUACCAUCGCUUCGCCCCGGAUGAGAGGGAGUACGUCAAGGUCAUGCGGCUCUUUGCCGGGGAGCCCGUGUGGACGGCGUACAACCGGCCCGCCGACCACCUGGAGGCCCGCGGCGAGUACGUGCGGUCCCUGGCGCGGAGCGUCUAGCGGCGGCAGAGACCGGCGGCCGGCGCUUCGAGGUAGCGGGGCCUCUAGGGCCGGCUCGCGUCUCCUGGCCGACGUCGCCUCCGUCCCUGUGUUUUUCUCCUCUUCCCCUUCCCCGGGGCGGAUGCCGACGCGCAAGCUGCCCGACCCCCGAGGGGUGGGCGCGAUCCCCCCCCGGAAGGGUUAUCGGGGAUGUUAAUCUCUCCGCUUCGGAUCCCUGCGGGGUAGGCGCCCGAUAACUCCGGCCGAACCAAUGGAGAGAUCCGCGUCGGCCCGCGCUCCGCGGCCGGUCCAGGGCGCGAAUCUUCGGACGGGGACCGCCGCGGGGCCGCCCCGCGAUCGGCGACGUCGCCCGGCGGCCUCCGCUCCGGGGCUGACGGAGAGCGCGAGGAACGGGCUUCGCCCUUGGCCUCUCCCGUUCCGGAGGAAGGAUGCGGUGGAAAUUCCGGAGCGGAGAUGCGGUUGUGUGCCUUGAAGCUUUCCUUUCUCCCCCUCAGGAAAGAAAUAAAAGCGAGAUGCCGGCG